AUGUCUAUUCAAACCAUGUAUAUCGAAAAACUGAUAUAUAAUAAAGAAACAAUUACCUCAAAGCCCAAAAGUAUUAGUUUUACUUCCAUUUUGGACCAGAUCCUAAAAAAAUAUAACUUGUCCGCCAAAUCCAACCCAUCUCAAUUACGCGAAUAUGCUAGUGAGCUCGGUGCUAUGCUUCUAGAUUGGAAAGCCCGAAAAAGCGUGAAAGAAGCUCUUUGUCGACGCUUAUUCAAAGAAGAUCAGAUAAAGGCUCUUGUACCGGAUAAAAGAAAUGAAAAACUUACUAUUAGGGAGAGAGCUCAAUAUUGCGCUAAAAGUGAUUUAAUCAAGACAAAAAACGAUAGUGAUGAAGAAAUUGUCGCAUCCAGCUCACGUCUUACAUUAUUUC